AUGCUCGGCGCCGGGUGGGACGCCGUGUCCAUCACGAGCGCCGAGCACGUCGAGUGGCUGGUAAACCAGGCCACUGCUGCUGGCGUCGACCUCUCGCUCUUUAAGGGCGUGCCGCUUGCCUAUGACCCUCAUCGCGAUGGACGGACGUACUUCGACCUGACAAACCUGGCUCGUGACGUGACGCCAAUUCUGACCGCGCUGCAAGCAGAUGGCUGGCCGGGGGACUUUCAUACGCAGCAGAAUCGCUUCUGCAACGGGACAGGCCAGCCGUAUGCGGGCUUUGGCUACAAGCCGCUGCCAAAGCCUGGCAUCGUCGACUUUGGCAUCUGCCAGCCUUUCCACAAGGUGAUCUGCGAGCUGAAGGCGAGGCCGCCUCCGCAACCACGCGCCCCGCCUUUGCUGCCGACGCUAUUGCUGCCUGAGUUCAAGGCGAGGUGGUGCUCCAGCGCGACCGCGCUGAUGUCCACUUUUGACAGCAGAUGCUCUGAGAGGGAGUUUUGUACAUCGAGCAUCUGCCAGGGCACGGAGCCUCCUUUGUUUCCCGACGUGCAUCUCAUUGACCCCUCCGCUGAUACACAUUUGCUGUCAAUCCGCAGCAGCUGUCAGAUGCUCGGCGCCGGGUGGGACGCCGUGUCCAUCACGAGCGCCGAGCACGUCGAGUGGCUGGUAAACCAGGCCACUGCUGCUGGCGUCGACCUCUCGCUCUUUAAGGGCGUGCCGCUUGCCUAUGACCCUCAUCGCGAUGGACGGACGUACUUCGACCUGACAAACCUGGCUCGUGACGUGACGCCAAUUCUGACCGCGCUGCAAGCAGAUGGCUGGCCGGGGGACUUUCAUACGCGGCAGAAUCGCUUCUGCAACGGGACAGGCCAGCCGUAUGCGGGCUUUGGCUACAAGCCGCUGCCAAAGCCUGGCAUCGUCGACUUUGGCAUCUGCCAGCCUUUCCACAAGGUGAUCUGCGAGCUGAAGGCGAGGCCGCCUCCGCAACCACGCGCCCCGCCUUUGCUGCCGACGCUAUUGCUGCCCUGGAGCUCCAAGUGCGGGUGGGAUGACUGUGCCGGCUGCUCGCACUGCUUUCUCCCACCUCGUAUCCCAUCGCCUGGCCUACCGCCGAUGAUGCCUUCCAUCGCACCAUGGGAUCCUCCACUGGCCUUGGCUCCGCUCCCGCCGGCACCGCUGCCAUCGCCUAAGGUGUGCGUCGUUCCAGUGUCGUUUGGCGUGCGGCGCUACUGCAGCAAGCCCCACCUGUCUCACGGCUUCGUGGACGACGAGGCUGCGUGUCGGCGCGAGUGCGAGGAAGACGAGGCUUGCCUCUACUAUUCCUUCUGGACGAGCAACUGGUGCCGCCUGACGCCCGCGUGCGACGACCUGUGGCUGGACAAGGACCCUUCCCUCGCCCACACCACCAUCACGGCCCGCCUGUCCGACGGCUUUGUGGACGGCGAGGCUACCUGUCAACGCUUGUGCGAGGCAGAGGAGGCAUGUCUCGCCUACUCCUUCUGGACGAGCCGCUGGUGCCGCCUGUCGCCCAUCUGCGACGAGCUGUGGCUGGACACGGACCCUUCCCUCGCCCACACCACCAUCACGGUCAAAUCGUGCACGCCGCCAGCGCCGGCAGCGCCGGCAGCGCCCUCGGAAGAGAGCUUGUGCAAGCCCUUCUGCAGCCGGCACUCCGCUUUCUGGAUGCAAAAAUGCUGGUGGAACGACUGCAAAUUUUGCGAGGACUGUGGCUCUGGGCAGCCAGCUGCAGAAUCGAGCUCGUGCAAGCCCUUCUGCAGCGGGCACACUGCAGCCUGGCCGGAAAAGUGCAUGUGGAAGGACUGCGGCCUUUGCCCGGGUUGCGGCUCUGCUCUUCGACGGUAG